CCACAACAGACCGUCAUAGUGCGAUCAUAGUUUGAUUGGGUUGAAACUGUUAAUAUCGACAGCAAGAUGUAUAAGUUUGGAAUCCUCCUCAUCGCCUCCUACAUCUGCAGCUCCGCAGCUCUCCCGCCCUGCGUCUGCACGCGCGACUACACACCCGUCUGCGGCUCCGAUGGCGAGACCUACCCCAACAGUUGCAUGCUCGAGUGCACAGCCCAGACCAAACAGGACCUCAAGCUCACCCACGGAGGCCCCUGCCAAGCAGAACCCACCUGCAUCUGCACAUUCGAGUACAAACCCGUCUGCGGCAUCGACGGGACAACCUACCCUAACAAAUGCGCUCUCGGCUGCGAAAGAGCUAGAAACCCAGUGUUGAUUAAGCUACACGACGGCCCUUGUGAAACUAAAGCCGAACAAGGUAAACCCACUUGCACUUGCACUAGGAACUUCGAGCCAGUCUGUGGAACCGAUGGAGUCACAUACAGCAAUAUGUGUUUAUUGAAAUGCGCGGCGCAGAGCAAGCCUUUGGAUAAAAAAGCAGACGGCCCCUGCGAGGAUUUCACGGUUAAAGUAGUGGAAGAUUUACAAGAGCCGCCUAAGAAAAGCUGUGUAUGCUUCAGGAAUUAUAUGCCUGUGUGCGGGUCUGAUGGAAAAACGUAUGCUAACCAUUGUGUACUGGGAUGCUCAAGUAACAGGAAUCCCGGAUUGAGCGUAGCUCACAAUGGUCCCUGCUAAAUAAAGGCUUAAGGCUUAAAAAUGGCGUUAUUCAUAAACGCGCUACAAUGACUCAAUUACCUGUUUAAUUGUCUUAAUCUGUCAUUAUGACAUGUAUUUUAUUUAUAAAACAUAAAUUACCUAAUUGAGACAUGUAAAAUUUAAGCAUAACAGGGGGUAUGCCUCCGAUAGUAAGUUAAGCUUAAGUUUUUGCAUAACAGGGGGUAUGCCUCCGACAGUAAGUUAAGCUUAAGUUUUUGCAUAACAGGGGGUAUGCCUCCGAUAGUAAGAUAAGCUUAAAUUUUUGCAUAACAGGGGGUAUGCCUCCGACAGUAAGUUAAGCUUAAGUUUUUGCAUAACAGGGGGCAUGCCUCCGAUAGUAAGAUAAGCUUAAAUUUUUGCAUAACAGGGGGUAUGCUUCCGAUAGUAAGUUAAGCUUAAGUUUUUGCAUAACAGGGGGUAUGCCUCCGAUAGUAAGUUAAGCUUAAGUUUUUGCUUCUUGAGUUCUUGUAGUUAGUUAAGUUGGAUAUAGUUUUGCCAGUGGUUAAUACCUUCCCGAGGGCCUACCGCGAAUCACGUUCGACGUGUUGCGUGUGUUGUGUGUAUCACACUUGUAAAUUUGUCCGUGAGUGUGACGGGGAUGCAACACGUCGAACGUGGUAGCCCCUCUGGCCAAUCGUCCCGAAAACAGUAUUGUAUGUGAUGUAUCGUUUACUAAUUAGUCUGAAUAUUGUUUGGUCUAUACAGUCUGGCCCAAUUAAUAUUUGUUCGCAUAUGAAAUUUUUUGAUAUAGUGCCAUUUAUUUGUAAUACUUAUUUAUUGAAAGAUAAUACGACUAUCAUAAUAAAAAUACAUAUAUAUGAUAGUAUAGAUCGAUUCCUAAAAUGUCUUCCAAAGAACGAAUAUUUUUAAGUCCCAAUGAAUGGGUUGUGUCAUCGUAUUGUUAUGUCUGAUACGUAAUUGUAUAAGUGCGUAGUUUUAUAUAUUGUUAUAAAUAAACAUGUGAUAAUAAA